ACACAGGCCCCAGCCGUACCGCAUUCAGUAUGGAGCCCGCUGGAAAGUGGGAAAGGUUAGAUUACUCUCUGUAGAGCUGAUGUCAUUCAAGUUUUAUGUAGAUAACUAUGUGCGUACCGCCGGAGGAGGAAACAUGCCGUUGACAGAUAACUACAAUGAAAAGAAGUGAAGAUCUGAUCCCGGUCUGUGGAUAAAUCAUUCAUACGAUACGGUCAUGGCUGGACUGAUCAAGAAACAGAUCCUCAAGCAUCUUUCCAGGUUUGCUAAAAACCUGUCUCCAGAUAAGAUCAAUCUGAGCACUCUGAAGGGUGAGGGUCAGCUGACCAAUCUGGAGCUGGAUGAGGAGGUGCUGCAGAACAUGCUGGAUCUGCCCACCUGGCUGGCUAUCAACAAAGUCUGCUGUAACAAGGCCGAAAUUCGGAUUCCAUGGACCAAGCUAAAAACUCACCCAAUCACCCUGUCAUUGGACAAAGUGGUGAUGGAAAUGAGCACCUGUGACGAGCCACGCCCACCCAAUGGCCCAUCUCCCAUAGCAACAGCCUCAGGUCAAAGUGAAUAUGGUUUUGCUGAGAAGGUGGUAGAGGGGAUCUCUCUGUCUGUGAACUCCAUUGUGAUCAGGAUCAGUGCCAAGGCCUUCAAUGCUUCCUUCGAGCUCUCUCAGCUGCAGGUUUACAGCGUCAACACCAGCUGGGUGGCCAGCGACCUGCGAUUCACACGAAUACAGGACCCUGCACGAGGGGAGAUCCUGACCUUUAAGGAGGUGAGCUGGCAGAUGAUCCGGAUCGAGGCGGAUGCUAUCCAGAGCUCUGAACAUGAAGUGCUCAGCGCCCCCAUCCGCCUCAUCACCAACCAGUCCAAAAUCAGAGUCACACUAAAGAGGAGGAUGAAAGAUUGUAACGUGGUGGCGUCUAAGCUGAUCCUGAUCCUGGAUGACCUGCUGUGGGUGCUGACAGACUCUCAGCUCAAAGCCAUGGUGCAGUAUGCCAAGUCUCUGAGCGAGGCCAUGGAGAAAUCAGCCCUGCAGAGAAAGAGCAUGGCUCCCGACUCCUCUCAGGCAGCGCCAGCACCCCCCUCUGCACAGCAGGUACACACACAGCAGGCCUCAGCCACACCAGACCAAAGUGCCUCUAUGGCUCGACUCUUCAAUGCUUACAACGUGUGUGAGACCUCCCACCACCUGCAGAUCACACACCUUGACCUGCACAUCUGCGACGACAUCCAUGCCAAGGACAGAGAGAUCAAUAAGAGAAUUGAAGGUGGAGCCAUGCAGCUUUCUUUUAGUUCCAUCACCAUAGAUUACUACCCCUUCCAUAGAGCAGGUGAGAGUUGUCUGCACUGGAUGCACUACAGCGAUACCACUAAAGCUCGUGAAGGCUGGGCUCGCUCUCUGCUGGAAGAAUUCAGGUCUAAUGUGGACAUGCUAAAAAACGCUGUCAGUGGCCAGUCACAAGGCUCCCCUCAGCACGGGAAAAUCUCCACCAGCUCUAGCAGUUCUUUCUCCCCACCACCCACACCAAGGACACAGCUGAUGUCCAGCUCCAUAGUACUGCGCAUGGCAGACUUCAGUAUUUACCAGGUAUCAACAGCUGACCAGCGGCGCUCCAGUCCUAAAGCUAUGAUCUCCUGUAAUAAAAAGACCCUGUACCUCCCCCAGGAGAUGCCUGCCAUCCAUGCUGAAUUCACUGAGUAUUACUUCCCUGAUGGCAAAGACUACCCCAUCCCGUGCCCUAACCUGUAUGUGCAGCUGAAUGCCCUGCAGCUGGUGGUGGAUGCGCGCAGUCUGGUGUGGCUCAAUCUGUUCGCUCUGGACCUGCGCCACAGCCUGGAGCAGUUCAUGGAGCUCUACAAGCUCAAUGACUCACAGAAACCCGACGAGCAUGUGGAUGUCAGGGUGGACGGCCUCAUGCUAAAGUUGUUGAUCCCUGCCAACAAGGAGCAGCUCCAGCCAGACAUGCCUCGCUCCGUAUCAGUCCAGACAUCUGAAAUGGUGGCAACCAACACUCGCCACUCUUCCGGCUGCUCUCGCUCUGACCUGGAGGCUCUGCUACAGGCCUUCCGGGAGCAAGCCUUCUUCACGUCCUCUUCCUCGUCCUUCCCCCGCAGUGCUGGCUCCUUUCCUGUGCUGCACCCGGUCUUCCAGCGGCACGCGCACGAACAGGACACUCGGGUGCAUGAUGUGUACCGCGGCCUGGCUCCACCCUCACUCUCCACCCACGCCCUCAAGACCCCCUCGGCCACCGACCUGUGGUCGCUGCACUUCUCUCAGUUCUGGGUGGACUAUGAGGGCCGUGGCCGGCCCACUCCGUGCGUGGACUCUUUCCCCCUCACCCUGUGGGUGUGCAGGCCAGCCUGUCAUGCCCAGCACCAGCGCAGACUCAAAGCAGCCUCUCUGCCCCGCAGCGAGUCAGCCAGUGAGAUGGCCAGUCGGCUGCAGAGAAAGAAGCUGCUGAAGGAGUAUUACAGUGCUGAGGCGUCUUCGAGCAAUUCUUACAGCAACGGCCUCCGCAAGCCCCGUUCUCUAGACGGCCUGAGUUGUCCCAACCCUUCCUCCUUUUCCCUCUCAUCUACAUUCUCUUCCUCAGAAGAUGAAGAGGCUGAUCUGCAGGUGCUGGUGCUCGUGCAGAAGCCGCUAAGCGCUCAGGUGAGCCACAACCAGUAUGUGUUCCUGCUGCGCCUCCAGCAGGCUGUGAAGUCGCUCCAGCGCACCCUGCAGCAGGACCUGGAGCAGCACGGUUCCAAGCUGAAGGAGAGCACUGGCCGACCCUUCAGCACCAGUGUUGGCCUCCUCAUGCGGAGCGCAGAGGUUUCCCUGCUGCUGAAGCCUGUGGCAAACCCUCUGGACUCUGAGCUCUCGGGAAGCAGAGCCACUCUAGAAGCUAGCAGCAACGAAGCAGGAGAGGGAACGGUUGACACGGUCAAGGCUAAGCCCACAUGUCCCGUGGACCAGCUCCUGUGUGUAGGCACAGAGACACAAAGCCAGAACGUUCCACCUCUCCUCCCCUCCUCUACCCCUUCCACAUCUGGAAGGAAAGGAUCCACAGAGGAGAGGUCAGGCUCAGAGGAGAAAAAAGAUGGAGGAGAGGAGUCCCAGGAGGCUGAAGGGUCCAGAGCAGAACCUAAAGCCCAGCAGAGUGAGGCUUUGCUGGGCAGGACUGUGGUGGCAGACCCACUGAGUGACCCACUCUCCAAGGACUGGAAUGACAAGAGUCAGGGAGCCAGACUACCUCAGUCUAUGUCCAGUGGGCGUCUGAUGCGGGAUCGGUCUCAAUCCAGUUUCUCUGUGUCCUAUAAGAACAUGAAGAAGAGCCCCUCUCUCCAGUCUCUGGAUAACAUCUCCAUAGACAGCUACUCACUGGAGGACUGUGACUCAUACAGCCUGAUGGAGAGAGACGACGUAUCCAUCUCUGGUUUUAAAGCCCCUCUGAGUGAGCCGACAGCUCCAGAGCGAGCCACUGAGGUGCUGGUGCAGGAUGGAGAUGAUGCUCAGUCUCCAGACGCAGUCAGUGCCACCUCACAGAGCAUCGAUGAGCCCACCAAAGACCUGGUCUCGGUGCUAGUGCUGAAGGUGCACUCUGUGUGUGGCUCUCUGGACCUGAGAGGUGAUAACACUGCAGUGGCUCUGGAGGUGGGACAGGUCCGGCCCAAUCAGCUGGGCAAUGUCAGUCUACGCCAGUAUCUUAGCAACCGCAGCCUCAGUUUAGUCUGUUCCACACCACUAACUACUGCUGAGAGCAGUGAAGGUUUAAUCUGUUCCCCACCACUAACGACUGCUCAGAGCAGUGAAGACUCUGGCUCAGGCCAGGACCCCUACAGUCAGCAGCUGAGCCCAGAAGUGCGUAUUAGGUUGGAGAGUGGUCCAGGGGCCGCGGCUCACUCUCCUCUGGCUGAACAUAACGGCUUCCUACAGUGCCACCUACAGUCCUUUAAUGCUGACUUCCUCAUGACAUCACUGCGAAACCUCGCCAUCUUCCUGGAGGAUGACUCUGCCUCCCAGGUCCUCCCUAUGGAGAUCACAAUCAAAGAUACACAUGUGAACCUGAAGGAUGAUGGCCCCCGAGACAACCCCUCAGAGCCAGAGACAACCCCCAUUUCCCUACACAUCCACAAUCUCCUGGUGCACCGCAGAGAUGAUGGCUCUUUCCACAUCGGAGUUGAGCGUGCUGCAGAGGCAGAGCCUCAGAAGGCGGGGCCUGUGACUGACAGCAGGCUCAGUUCUGUCCCUGAAGUUCCUGUGGGCGUGGCCUGUGAGCCGAAAGCCACUCAGACUGCACCUCUGUCACCCACAAGCCCCAUUCCCACCAGUAGAGAAAAGCUGCUGGUAGAGGAGAACGAAUGCUUGAAGCAGGAGCUCUCCAGAACCAAGAUGGCGCUCGCCGAGGCCCAGAUGGAGAAAGACUCGCUCCUGCACCAUAUGAAGAGCCUCAAACUCAACAGUGGGGGCAGCACCAGCUAGCAGUUGUGUGCGUGCAGGACUGACACCAGCCACAUGGGGGCAGCAGAGAGUUUGGAGGGCCCGGCACCGAAGGCAGGCCCAGUGUGUGGGGUCCACACACUGCAGUCAGUAGUAUCUGUGAUCUAUAGGGAGAGAAACCUCCAGUAUACAGGCACAGAGCUGUACUGAAACGGCCCAGUGAGACAGCUUGCUUUAAAGGCUGUGUCAUUUUUGCUCUCUUCCCCCAUCUUUCUCUUCAUCUUUUCACUUUCUGAUGGACUGCUUGUCCAUUUUUUUUUUUCAGACAGUUUGAAAAUGUCAGCUCAGUUGCUAUGUCUGAGGGUCACCCGCACGACCCCACCAACAGAGACACAGACAAACUCUGGGGAGCACAUUCCAUAUUCAUAGGCUCAGCCCGUGGACACUUUUAGUCUUACAAGUUGAGUUAACUCUGAAUGUCAUAUCUUUUAAAAGAAUGUCUUAAAAUAAACUUAAAAAGACAGUUUGCACAGCACUGAACUGUAUCAUGAACUCAAAGCCGUUGAGCUAUGUUGUGUUCGUGUGUACAGUAGGGAUAACUCAAAGGAAUGUUUUGUACAGAAUUUUGAAUGGUGUUCUUGUGUAAGUGUGAGUGUGUGGGUGACAGUGGAGGAGGGUGGGCGACAUUUUUUUACAUUGUUUUAUUACACCAAAAAACGUUUUCCUAAACGUUUCUGGUCACACUACAAUAAUUUUCAUAAUGCGAUAUUGCACUCAACUGUUGAUUCUUUGCAUAGACAUAGAAGUAUGUGUUGAAAAGGCUAAGAAAGCAGCACUUUGUUAACUGUAGUGAUUAGAGAUGGCACGAUACCACUUUUUUUCCCAAUAUAUCGAGCCGAUAUUGUUUUCUCUUUAAAAGCUAAACUUUAACUGUUUUAAAUGAAGCACAUCGCUUAAGAUGAACAUUUAAGAGUAGGCCAUCAUGAUCAAACUACUCAACCACUCUACUACCCCACAGGCAGAAAAUCUUAGAUAACACUAACCAUGUCUCAAAGCCAAGGAUGCAGACGAGGAAGGCAGCUGUUAUGUCACUGGUGGUUGUCUCGUUUUGUGGGAUCAUUCGAAUGCGACUGAGAAAUGCAGGCUACAUUACAGAGUAAUUGAAAGACUCAGCUGGAGCAUCCUUCAAGACUUUUAAUCACCCACAAUCCUUCACGCGCAGCGCAAAACUAUUUGAUAACGCCAGAAAACAGCAGCAGAUGGAAAUUUGUGGCAGCAGAGUUUGUAAUUAAAUGUAAUUUUUUUUUUUUUUGUUACUUUGCUUAUAUCAGUAAGCCAUGACAUGUUGAUACAGCUUUCUCAGACUGUCUUGAAUUUGACAGCGCUGAAGAGGAGUCUUUGUUUAGCAGUGCUAGGAAGGUCUCUCCUACCUCAGCUGCAGCCUUCACUUUGAGACAUGCCUACCAUGUAGAUGAGUGCUAUUUCAGGAUAGAUUUGGGACUGAAUUGGAUGGGAUUCACUCUUUUUUUCUCCCCCUAUCUGAUAACCGAUUCUGCUGAAAUUGGUUGAGGUGAUACACACCGAUACUGAAAUGCCAUCUCUAUUAGUAACAUUAGGUAGUGUUUUUUCUGAGGUCAUAGGAGAGAGCUUGUGUGCGUGUGCUAACAUUCUGUGUGUUGUACGACACAUUUUCAUUUAGUUAGUUUAUAUGGGCUGAAGUGCUGCGCAGUGUUUGCAGUUCUCAUGCUGUGUGAGCAUUGUACCUGUGUAAUUCUCAGUGGAGACUCUAACAUUGAGACCAUUGGGUUCUUGUAAUGUAGUAGAGACUUUAACGCAUCGGACAGAAGUACCACAUCAUUAUAAAGUUAAAAACUUUCUAUCAAAACCUGAUUUCAUUUUAUUAGAGAAUGUAAUAGUCCUGUAUUCAAUUCGCUUAAUUGGCUCAUUCGCUUGUUAUUGCUUAAGAGGACACAAAGCCGCUGUUUUUUAUGUACAGUAGUGUGUCUACUUAGAAAUGCUUCUUUGUUUAGACCAAAGCCCCAGUCUGUACCACCUCCUUCUCUCUCUUUCUCUAUCCCUCUCCCCAUCCCUUGUUUCUUACAGCAGCCUCUACAAGUGCCUGUCACUGCGCACCCUCUCCAGGGGCCUGGUUAUCCAUCCCUCUUCUGAAUGUGUGCUCCAGUCCUUUCAUCAGGCUCUUCUUCUCUCACUCGGUGGGAAAACUGUGUCCACCAACACCCAACCCAGCGGGCCAGACUAACAAACACAUUGAUUGAUUGUAUAAAACUUUUAAAGGGGUUAUGUGACCCCUUCCUCCUCCUGUACUGCGGCUCCUGCCUUCUCAUCACCACAGCCCAUCCUCAGUCCCAACAAAAUCUGCCUACAAUCAUGUGAGCUCCACCCACCGAGCACAAACGGAAAAUGCAACAACGAAAACAAGCAAACUUGUAAAAUAAUUGAAUAUGUAAAAGCUGCUGAAACAAGUGAAAUAAAAUAAUAAAAUGAAGUCUUUCUAAAAUCUG